AUGUCGAAAACCGAGCCCAUGAAGCGACACGUACACGCCGGCUCCGCUGCAUCUGAACAUCAACAUGUUCUCAACCAGUUUCUCCGCAUUCUUUUCUGGUACAUCGUGCUUGCUGUUGUGGCUUUCAUUGCUGUGCGACGCUUGAUCUCAGUCUUCAAGCGUAACUGGAGCUUUUGGCCAGCAUGGGUGAGAAGAAAGACGAUCUCGGAGAAUUCAAGCCCUGUCCGUUCCAUCUUUCGACACAGUGCUCUUCUUGAAGCGUUGUAUCGCAGUUUUGGCUACCGACAGAUGGGUUGGACCACCGGCUGGCGCAGAUACUUGUCUCCUCCUCCCGUGGGAGAGAUACUCUUCCUCUGUGGAUACUGGAUUCUCUGGCUUCUCAUGCUAUGGACCAAUGUGAUUUUCAAAUCUCAAUCACCUAUCUACGGUAUCGAAUUAGAAGUGGUGGGAAAUCGAGCAGCAUGGGUUUCGACUACACAACUCCCCUUGGUCUAUUGCACGGGCUGCAGAAUCAAUCCUAUCAGCCUUCUGACCGGUAUCUCACAUGAAAGGCUGAACUGGUUUCACCGAUGGGCUGCCAGAACGGUCUUUGUCACACUUAUUGUACACUGGGCUUUCUUUUAUCACGAAUGGGAUCUCACAAACUUUGUUCAACAGGAGAUUGAGAUUAUGCCCAUGGUCGUCUGGGGCUUUGCCGCUUGGGGAAUGUUUGGUUUCAUGGUGAUAACGGGUUUUGGUUUCUUUCGAAACUCCUACUAUGAAAUUUGGCUCUUGGUACACGUUCUUUCUGCUUAUCUCGGCUUGUGGCUUACUUACACCCACACCCAUUGCACGACGUUCUUCGUACUCGCGUCCAUUGGAUUCAUCGCUUUUGAUCUAUUUGGAAGGACUUUUUUAUGGACGAUGCACAACAUCCACCCUUUUAAAGCCAAAAAUGAAACUCAAGCGGUCGGAUACAACGCCACAGUUCGACUCAUGGACGACAAAUAUGUCCAUCUCAGCGUUCGAGAUGUCUCAUUUGGUUGGAAGGCUGGUCAACACAUAUACAUCACUAUACCUCACCUACGUAAAGUUGAGUCACAUCCAUUUACCAUCGCAAGUCUUCCAGGUGAGUCAGGAACAGAGAAGAACGUCGAUUUGAUCAUCAAACCACACAGCGGGUUUACAUCUGACCUGUUUCGCUGGGGGCGGGAUCAGUCAUCCAAACCCUUUACAGUUUUCCUCAACGGCCCCUAUGGAAAUCCACCUCAGCUCGCAGGCUAUGAUACGGUCGUUCUGAUCGCUACGGGCAAUCGAGCGUCAUUCAUUUUGCCACUGUUCCAAGAGCUCGUCAAUAAAGGCGUUGAUGUUCCACGGAUCUACAUACAUUUGGUCUCUCGGACGUUGACUGAGACCGACUGGUAUUUGGCUCAAAUCUCGGCCUCUCUCAAAUCUAUGCGGCUUCAUCGAACGGAGAUCGAAGUUCAAGGGCACUUUACAUCUUGCAAUCCAAGUGAGGCUUCCGUUAUAGCCUCGAUCGAAGAACGGGCACUCCAUCCUUCUGCGGCUGCAGUAAAUCGGGAAACCCGUGAUCGAUCUGAUCGGGGAAAAACGGACUGUCACCCUGAAGACGACAUGAGACAGCUUGACAGAAAUAAACCUUCCAUGGACCUGGAUUGUGGACCAAACCUACACUCUGACAGGCUACCCUCUAUUGUCGUGGUUGACACAGAGAUUGCAGAAGCUUCUGCAGCUUUUGCACAAACCUCGACUGAUAGCGAAGACGAAGAAAGCGAAGACGAGAAGCACCUGUUAGAUGAUCCACUGUCGGACUUGGACCAAUACUCUUUUGCGUUUACACAAUUACCCAGCGGAUGCUCCUUACAUUUUUCUCUGCACCGGCCCGCCGCUGAUGACAUGAUCAGAGCCCCUGUGUUAGAAGCGCGUGGGCGCGUGUUGGUUGUUGCAGCAGUGGCAGGAAGUCUGAGGAGUCAGAUUGCAACAUGUGUCUCCCGCCUGAAUCGGGAAAUCAUCAGACCGGCAUUAAAUGAGGAUCUGGAUGUUGGUCCUAUCAGCUUGGAGUUGUGGUGUGAGGUCAAUGGUGACUGA